AUGUCUCUUCGGAUUUCAACUGCAUCCCGGAGGAUUUCUUCCCGCGCUGGGGGUGAUGGGGGUCUCAGACUGUCAAGCGGCAGUCUGCAUGGCUUCGGUGGAGGAUCCCUAGUGGGGAUAGGCAGUGGCUAUGGAGGGGGUGUCUGCGGCGGCUUUGGUGGUGGGGCUGGUUUUGGUGGUGGGGCUGGCUUUGGUGGUGGAGCUGGCUUUGGUGGUGGGGCUGGCUUCACUAGUGCUUCCAUGGCAGGUGGAGGUUAUGGGGCCAGCUAUCGCUCCAGCUCAGCCAUCGCCUUGGGAGGUGGCUUAGGAGUGGCUGACAGUGUCUUUUUGGCCGGUGCUGAAAAGGAAACCAUGCAGAACCUUAACAACCGUCUAGCAAACUACUUGGACAAAGUGCGUUCUCUGGAGGAGGCCAAUGCUGAACUUGAGCGUAAAAUUCGUUACUGGUAUGAGAAAAAUGGACCUGGAGCUCCAGGAGUUAUCCGUGAUUACUCUAAAUAUCACCAGAUAAUUGAUGAUCUUCGCAACCAGAUACUGCAUGUGACCGUUGACAAUGCCAACGUGGUCUUGCAGAUCGACAAUGCCAGGCUUGCUGCCGAUGACUUCCGACUGAAAUUUGAAAAUGAGCUCUUCCUUCGCCAGAGUGUUGAAGGAGACAUCAAUGGUCUCCGUAGAGUACUCGAUGACCUGACCAUGAACCGUUCUGACCUGGAGUCACAGCUUGAAAGCCUCACAGAGGAACUGGCAUACCUCAAGAAGAAUCAUGAGGAGGAAAUUGCCUUACUGAGAAGUAGCUCCACAGGUGAUGUCACUGUGGAAAUGAAUGCUGCUCCAGGGGUGGACUUGACGAAGCUACUGAAUGAAAUGAGAGCACAAUAUGAAGAUCUCGCAGAACAGAAUCGCAGAGAGGCUGAAGAACAAUUCAACAAAAUGAGCCAACCACUGCAGCAGCAGAUCUAUGAUGAUGCCGGUGCCGCAAACUCAGCAAGGAACGAGUUAAUAGAGCUGAAACGCUCCUUCCAGUCAUUGGAAAUUGAGCUCCAGUCCCUUCUGGCCAAGAAAGCCUCGCUAGAAGGCACCUUGGCAGAAACGGAGGAGAACUACAGCUCUCAGCUUUCACAGUUACAGCUGCAAGUGAGUGGCCUGGAAGAACAGCUACAGCAGAUCAGGUCUGAAACAGAGGCCCAGAAUUUGGAGUACCAACAGCUACUGGGCAUCAAGACCAGACUGGAGAUGGAGAUUGAAACAUACCGGCGCCUGCUGGAUGGAGAAAGCUUCCGCUCAUCAUAUGACACAAAAGUUCAUAUCAAAGAACCCACCAAAACCAGGGUGGUGAAGACCAUUGUGGAAGAAAUGGUGGAUGGCAGAGUGGUCUCUUCUCAAGUGAAGUCAAUUGAAGAAAGAGCUGCGAAGUAA